AUGAAUAAACUGGCAGUUCUGUUAAGGAUGUUAACGGCAGAGAAAAUUGACAUUUUGGGCAUACAGGAAACCCACUACCCUGGAGAUAUUAUGGCUAAUUUCAAUGAAUAUAAGAUGUUUUGCUCGGGUACUACCUCCAACAGCUGGUCAGGGAUUGCUUUCCUUAUUAAUAAAAGAAUGCAGAAAUACGUCAUGAAAUUUGUACCCAUCUCGGAAAGGUGCGGGCUCCUAUACCUACAUACGAACUUCAAGCCUACUAUAAUCGUAAAUUUCUACGUCCCACCUAAAAGGAGCGAGCGAUUAGCCUUUGUAGAUAUAAUGAUUAACAUAAUACACUCCUUACCAGAGAGAUAUAACAUAAUAAUAUUGGGAGAUCUAAAUAUGGAUAUAGGCAGAGAAGCGGAAUAUAUGUAUAGAAACGUCACUGGGCACGCUACCCUAGUACAGAGUAAUAGCGAAUACAGUAAAAAAUUACUUGACUUCUGCUGUAAUAAAGAUUUCAAAAUUGAAAACACUUUUUUCAGUCAUAGGGAUAGGAAUACGUAUACCUUUGAAAGAGCGCAGCAGCAAUCACAAAUUGACUUCUUCAUCUCGAAUAUUCAUCGUUGGUUCGUGGAUGUUAAAGCCCUAACUAAUAUGAAUUUGUCAGAUCAUAGACUGCUUAGAGCGAUUAUUAUAGUUAAAAAUUUAUGGGGGUAUCAUAACGGAAAUAGACAAAUUUCGAUUAGUUCUAGCGCUACUCCCCCGUGUAAUGAAAUAACUCGCAAACUGAGUAAAAUAAGAACAUUAGAUGAUGAAAGACAUUUUGAUGAGAUAUUAAGCGGGAAAGAAGCCAGCUACAACACUAUUAGGCUUGCAAGCGUUGAGAAAAGUUGGAAUCUUUUCAAAGAUGCCCUAGUCGAUACAUACAGAGUAUUGCCAGAUGUAAGUCUUAUCCACAGGAAGGAGUGGAUGGCGAAUGAUACCCUGGAGAAAAUAAACCAGUUAAGAACCGCGUGUAGCUCUAAUAAGGAUCUUUGGAAGAUGAUACAAAGAUUACUGCGGAGAGAUAGACGGGUUUAUAGCGCGAAGAAAGCGUUUGAUAUUGACAAAGACGUAAGAGAAAAUAGGCUACAUGAUGCAUAUAAGAAAUUAAAAUAUUUUUGUAAACCUAACGGUUUUCAGAAGGUACCCUCAAUAGUAUUAAAUGAUGGUAAAAUAAUAAUUGAUCAAGAUGAACAGAUGGCGCUGUGGCUCGACUACUAUAUUACGGUGUUCGAUGGACGUAAAGUAACUAGAGCAACAAAUGUAAAUAUAAUUAUGGCUCCACCCCAGUCUGGUUUCACCUUAGUGGAAAUUAUGAAUGUAAUAAAGAAAUUACGAAACAAUAAAGCUCCGGGGCUUGACAACAUUACGGCGGAACAUCUGAAGAUCGCACCUAGAACGACAUCUUCUUUUCUACUAGCCCUAUUCAAUAAAAUAUGGGAAAAUGGAAGCACCCCUACGGAAUGGAACAAGUCCCUUAUAUGCAAUUUUCCCAAAACUGCAAACCCCCUGAAAUUCACCGAUUAUCGGGCGUGCGCUUUAACAUCUUGUGUUGCAAAGAUAUUUAUGGUACUUAUGAAGAAUAAGAUUGUUCAUUCGACGCCCAAUCUUUUUUCUAAAUAUAUUUGUGCUUACAGGCCUAAUAAAAAUAUACUAGAACCCAUAUUAUCUCUGAAGAUAAUAAUGCAAAAGUGUUAUAGAUAUAAGAUUCCGUCAUUUUACACAUUUAUUGAUUUCAGUAGAGCAUUUGAUAAUGUUAAUCAUGAAGCGUUGUGGGAAACGCUCGUAGAAUGUGGUAUUGAAACCCAGAUAAUUCGUAUCUUGAAAUAUCACUAUUCGAAUUUAUUCGCUUGUUUCAAAAUAAAUAAUAAAACCUCCCCCUUUUUCAGGAUUAAGAAAGGAGUAAAACAGGGCUGUACCCUCUCACCUCUCCUGUUCAACAUAAUCAUCAAUAAAAUAAUAAAAGAAGUAUUAGGAGCUGCAGAUCUAGUAGACAUAGGAUCAAACGAGAAAAUUUUUUUCGUUAACAGGAUAAUAUCCUAUGCAGACGAUAUUGUAGUGAUUUCGAAAAGUAUCGAAGAGACCAAAAAUCUACUUUAUCUAAUCGAGACAGUGAGCUAUAGAGCUGGCCUUAGGAUCAACUUUAACAAAACGGUUAUUCUUCCCUCCCCAAACGCGCCUUCAAUCCAGGAUUUUACAGUUGGAACGAAUACAGUGAAAAUAGUAGAGAAUAUAAAAUACUUAGGGGUAAUCUUGGAUAACAAAGGUAGCUGUAAAGAUGAGAUGAAGAUGAGGAUACAGAAAGCUAGAGGUGCUUUCUACAGAUAUAUGAAAAUAUGGAAAGCUAGUGAAAUUUCAGUGUUCACUAGAUUGAGAAUAUUCAACUCGUUGAUUGUUCCAAUUGCAUUAUACGGUGGAGAUAUCUGGGAGGCAAAAAAAACAGAGAUCAGACGGCUUCAAUCUUUCAUAAAUAAUUGUCUGCGUACGAUACACGGGAUUUUCUACCCAAGAGUAAUCUCUAACUCGAAUCUUUGGAGGAAGUCUACUCACACUCCAGUGAAUAUUACUCUUAGGAAAAGACGGAUCCAGUUAUUAGGCCAUGUAAUAAGAAACUCUGAUAAUAGUUUAGUCCACGAUGCCAUAACAUGGCUGUACUCGUAUAAAGGUAAACAGUACACAAAAUACAAAUCAUUAUGGUACUAUAAAACCAUAAAAGAUAUAAUGGAUCUAAAUGUUAACAUGAAACAAUUCAUUAGACUGAAUAACAAUAAAAGAUCCAUUAAAAAACUAUUUCGCAUCAAGAAAAGCUACCUUCAAUAA